CUGGGGUGACAGACCUCAGCUGUGUAAUCAACAAGCUGCUUGAAGCUAAGGAUGCGGGACACAAACAUGUUGAGUUUGACUUCCUGGUCCGAGGGCAGUUUCUGCGCACCUCGCUGGCCAGUCAUAUGGAGACAGAAAACAUCUCAACAGUAUGGCAAUUAACUUAAUCAAAUGUGACCCUAACCCUACUGUGCAUCAGAAGUGAAGCAGGUUUUACAUGGCAACAUGUUACAACACAGAAGUCUUGCAGCCUUCCUAAAAACACUGCUUUAUUCUAGGCUGAACAUUUAGCUGUUAGAACAUCAACAUUUUUUCAAGCUGUGUUCCCUUAUACUUUAUCGACCAAAAGCAGACCCAUCACUGAAACUCAGAGCGGUAUGUAGGAGGGUUGGCACUCCUAAAAUCAUGUAAUAUUUAUAUACAAUAUUUAUUCUUUCUCGUUCUUAUGUUAAUGCAGAAAAACCACCAUAAAUGGACGUGACAGUUAUGGAAACAGCACUUACCUAUAGGCUACAUGAUGUGGGAAACCAUACAAAAUGCUUUGAAACCAGCAGACUUUGAAUUCUGAGAUAUCGGAAGAAGUUGUAGAAAUAGAGUAUGUAGAGAAGUUCACUGCCCCACAACCAGAGGAGUGUAUCAUGCAUGAUGACUGGAUCAGCUCUGUGGAGGCAGAUGCUGAAUGGAUCGUCACAGGCUCUUAUGAUAAGACAGCACGGAUCUGGUCUAUGGAGGGGAAGGCAGUGAUCACUGUGGCUGGACACACUGAUGUUGUGAAAGAUGUGGCCUGGGUAAAGAGAGAUGGUCUGAACUCUGUGCUCCUGACUGCAUCUCUGGAUCAAACCAUUCUGCUGUGGGAGUGGAACUCGGAAAGGAACAAAGUGAAGGCCCGACACUGUUGCCGUGGACACGCAGGAAGUGUAGACACUGUUGCUGUCGACCCCAGCAGGACAAAGUUCUGCAGUGGCUCAUGGGAUAAAAUGCUUAAGAUUUGGUCAGCAGUGUCGACAGAAGAAGAGGAUGAGAUUGAGGAACCCAACAGGCCACGCAAAAAACAGAAAACAGAACAGAUGGGGCUCACACGGACUCCACUCAUGACUCUGUCUGGUCAUAAUGAGGCUGUGUCAUCUGUGCUCUGGAUGGAUGCAGAGGAGCUGUGCAGUGCAUCAUGGGACCACACCAUCCGCCUAUGGGAUGCUGAGACUGGUGGGCAGAAGAGUACUCUAACAGGCAGUAAGGUUUUCAAUUGUAUCUCAUACUCUCCACUGUGUCGUCGUCUGGCCUCGGGCAGCACUGAUAGACAUGUGCGACUGUGGGACCCAAGAUCUAAAGAUGGCUCUUUAGUUCUCCUCUCUCUCACAUCCCAUAAUGGUUGGGUGACGGCAGUCAGGUGGUCUCCUUCUCAUGAGCAGCAGUUAGUGUCAGGAUCUCUAGACAACAUGGUCAAACUGUGGGACACCAGGAGCUGUAAAGCUCCGCUGUAUGAUCUUGCUGCCCAUGAAGACAAAGUACUAUGUGCUGACUGGACAGAGAAUGGGUUGAUUUUGAGUGGAGGAGCCGAUAACAGACUCUACACAUACAGAUUCUCCAACUGCAUCUCUGAUGCAGGAGCAUAGAACAACGUUCACCAUUGCCAUGCCAAUAGCACAGCCUCAUUUUACAUCAGUAUGACUAUGGGAACCUUAGCACAACAUCUGCUUUGCUUCAUAACUUCAAAAACAAAAAAAGACUAAAAAACAAAACAAAUGGCUACAAAAACACAGUGACUCAACAGCCUUAAAAACAACAGUGUCAGUGAAGAAUAGAAGAAAAACAUAAGUGUUAAGUUUUUGUUUGAUUUCAUAUUCAGUGUUUAAUCCUCUGAUGUUCAAUACAGUGUCUUAUAGCAGUCA